AUGCCACUUUCUCGGUCAUCAUCUCCUGACGCUUCCGAUCCUUUGCUUGAACCUCUACCAAAUCACAUAAUCACCAACGAUGGUCUUCAUACACAUUUUCAAAAACUACAUAGAGAUAUUGAAAUACCAUCAGACAAUCCCAGUCAAAGUAGAGUAGAUUCUUCUUCAGUUUGUAUGGAUCCAAUCGCCAUUCAGCAAGUUUCUAGUAAAACAGUGGGUAAAGAACAGGUGCAAACCCACUGUGCUAGGUAUCCUGAAUCCCAUCUGAAUAAUACAGCACCCUCUGCCUCUGUUCUCAACACUCGUGAUGGGUCUUUAUCUGACAACCAGGGUCGAUUGCUCUCAGUUGAAGUUGUCGACGAUUUUGAAACAGACGAUGAUGUGUCGCCCCACUCUAGAUACUAUGGUAACCAAGCCGCUAUGAGUAUUGCAUCAACAAGAAUGCAAACUAGACAUAACUCUUACUUUGGAAAUACAAAUCACGAUUCUUCCCAUGUCAAUAGCAGCCCUUUAAACACUAAUCCUGAACACACAUCGUAUUGGCAGCGCUUAUGGACACGCAUCAACACUCGUAGAUCUUCUAGAAACACACGCAGUUACCAGCAACUACAAGGCGGCUCACCACCGCAUCAGCAUAGGCAAUCUGAUGCUAUAGAGAAUAAUACAGACAGUCAAUGCAGCUUACCUAUGGGUUUACUUGCAGUUUACUACGCGGCAAAUGUAGAUGCACUAAUUCUAAGAGGAAAGUCGGGCAUGGCUUUGCAUUAUUCAUGUAUAGCCAAAAAACUUGUAUAUAUUACAGCAGCAAUCACGUUGGUCAUGUAUAUACUGUUCUUUUUUGUUCUUAUGCAAUUACUUAUACCGCUUUAA